AUGCGAUGUCGCUUUCGUUUCUCCGAUUUCCUCCAAAUUCUCUUUGUUUUUCUCAUUUUAUUCGAUCGUCCAAUCGAUGGACUGAAUAUUCUGAUGUACGUCCCAACACUGGCAUAUUCUCAUGUUUCUUUCAAUGGGAAAAUCGCUGAAGCUUUGAUCGAAAGGGGGCACACUGUGACAAUGCUUCACACAUCGAUCGAUGACGGGGUCGAUAAUUACAAAGGAUCUACAGCUAAGAAAUUUCGUCAUGAGGUCGGUGUCCCACCGGGUGCUCUUUUGAACACUUUAUGGCGUAACCCUGGUCCCUUCGAGAACUCAAAUCCCCUAAAUCCGAAAAUUCUCCGGAAAUUCCUUCGUCUCUCAAGUCUUUUCGUGAAUUCGUGCACAACAAUGUCAGCUGAUGAAGAUAUCAUAAUUGCUUUAUCAAAUCAAACUUUUGACGUCGUCACCAUUGAACAAUACGAUUUUUGCGGAUUCGGAUUGUUCAAAAAGCUCAAAAUUCCGGCUAUCGUAUGGCUUUCAGCGACAGGAAUCCACCAAGUGCAGCCAAAUGUCCUCGGGAUUCCACCACCAAACAGCUAUGUGCCAGAUCUUUUUGGCCCGUUCACAGAUGAGAUGUCUUUGUUGGAAAGAGCGCAGAACACAUUGCUUUCUCGUGUCACUCAUCAUCUAUUUCAAGUCUUAUCACUUCGAUCGAUCAACCGAAUCUGGCGGGGACAUGGUGUUUUUGAUGAGCACGGCGUUGUCGAGACAGCUCAAAGCGUUUCCACCGUUUUGGUGAACAGUGUCCCGUCAUUCGAUUUCUCCGCGCCAACCCUCUCACAUUUUCAUUGGAUUGGCGGUUUCACUGUUGAAGCAAAGCCGCCACCACUUACAAAAGAUUGGGAAACGAUCGCCGAGAUGCGUCCUUUCGUCCUUUUGACAUUCGGCUCAAUCGCGAAAACCUCCGAAAUGCCACCUCGACUGCAAUCGGCUUUCUUUGAGGGUUUCAAGGAAUUCCCUGAUUUCAACUUCAUUGUCAAAUACGAAAGUAUGAACGAGUCGAUGAAAUUCGAGGGAGAGAACAUUGUGCUCACGAAAUGGAUCCCGCAAAUCUCGUUGAUUGCUCAUCGCAACUAUCGAGCCAUUAUCACUCAUGGUGGAUGGAGUAGCAUUUUGGAGUCUUUGAUGCAUGGGAGACCUAUGAUUUUGAUGCCAUUAUUUGCUGAUCACGCAAAGAACUCAAAAAUUGUCGAAGCGAAACGAGUCGGUUUACUCGUUGACAAGAUGAGUAUGGAUAAGGAAGAGUUUGUCGAGAAAUUGGACACAAUUCUCAAUGAUUCGAGAUAUCGUGAAAGAUGUGUGCAAUUCGCUCAACAUCUCACUCAUCAUUCCCCGAUGGAUGAUGUGACAACGAUCAAUUAUUUGGUUGAAAGAGCAUUUCGAGAAGCACAAAGGAGAUCGCUCUCCUGCUCCUCUCCAUCACUUCUCAACUCUUCCUCAGCUUUUCCUUUCUCCGAUUGUUACACUCCGAAAUCUUCUCAUUUCUGGCGUCGUCUUGGCUCACCGAAAAUCCCCCGUGAAGCAUGGAUGUCUGCUCGAGAUCUCUGGCAUUUCCCACUUUUUUUCUCAUUUCUUACGGGUCUUUUCAUUCUCUCAAAG